UUUUUUUUUAAUGUACCUAGGAUAGAUAACAAAUAUGGUGAUGUGUUCUGAUCAUUUUAUUUUUUCUUUCUGGCAAAUGUACUGUUUUGUUGGUACACUAUAUUCCUUACUUUAUACUUAUACCAUUUUCAUUUUAUUUAUUUAGAAUUUUAUAAAUAAAAGGUAAUACGUCGACGUGGAGCCACCACGUAAUGCCGAGGAUACGAAGAUUCUGUUGCGAUGACGAGACCGGUGAAAUUAUAACUCACCAUGUCAACAAUGAGACCGGAGAGCCUGUGCUGCCACAAACUACUCAUUCCAUGUCUAUGCGAGUCACUAAUGCGAGACCACAAAACAAAAUUGAGCCCAUUAAAUUUACUAAAGGGUAUGUGACUAACACAAGAAAAUUCCGGUCCCUCAAGGCGAAUAUAAUAGCUGGCUCCCACACCUUCAGUUAUAGAUUGUUCUUAAUACCGGCUGCAGCAUUAUUUCCCAAUCUUGCGUCCAUGUUGCUAAUGAUACUUGAGAUAUUUCUACAUGUCCAAUGUCACAAAAAGAACAAGAGCCUCAAGAAUACAAAAUUGUAUUAUCGCAGUCCAUUCCACAUUAUAACGAGUGUGUUCUGUGGUGUUUGCCGUGAAAACGAUGCUGCAUCCAGGAUAGAGCAGCUGCAAGAUGAAAGGCGUCAUCGCUACCAUUAUAUUAGGGGGAUGGCUUUGUAAAACCUUAUGUAUGCUUUAUUUAAAAAUAUAUGUAAGUUUGUAAAAAUUGAAAA